AUGUCUGAUCAAGAGGAAGAGUUUAAUAUUGAAAAUACGGUGAAGCCAGAAGAAGAUGAGGAGGUUAUUGACACUGUCAAUAUUCCAGCACCCUCAGAAGAACGUUCAGAGUUAGAUGUAAGUGAAGAGCAUGAAUCUGAACUAGAACUCAGUGAUCAAAGUGACAUCAGCAUUUUAAGCCUUGAAUUGAACGAGGAAAGAAGACGCCUGGAAGAGGCUGUGUCUCCCAGAAAAUCCUUGCCUGUUUCAGGGUAUUCACCGCAGCCCAACGUGGAGUUCACCCAACAGGAUUCAAAUGAGGAAACUCUGGCAUUUCUGAAUAAAAUAAAGGCUAUGAAGGAGUCUUUGCAAACAUCAGUGAGAGAAUCUUCAGCAACAGUAAGAGUUGUACUUAUUCCUGUGGGCCAGGAAAUUAUAAUGCCUUUUAAAGUUGACACUAUUUUUAAACACCUCAAGGAUCACUUUUCGCACUUGUUACAUAUCCCRCCUUCUGUACUACAGAUAAGUUACAAAGGAAUAAUUUUUAAAAAUAAUGAGACUUUAAUACAACAUGGAGUUAAGCCACAGGAAAUUAUACAACUGGAACUCUUUUCUACAAAUCCAGAUCAAUAUCCAAUAAAAAGGAUAGAGGGAUUAAAUGAUGUCUCUCAAAUCCUAACUGUCACUGUACAAAUUGGCAUUAAUCAGUACCAGGUGGUAACUGUUGAGAUUAUAAAGUCUGAUUUUCAUAAGCCAUUUCUUGGUGGAUUUAAGCAUAAAAUAACAGGAAUAGAAUAUCACAAUGCUGGAACCCAAACUGUACCUAAAUAUAUCCGAGGGGGAAAAAAAGCAUUUUCCAGGGACACCCAGACAGUUUCUCAGAGAAAAAAGCUCCAACAAACUACAAAUACAACAUCCACACAAAUGUCUAAAAUUGGUGUGUAUGUAUCAAAUAUAACUGAUAAACUGUUAAAACCAGGGGAUUAUAUUUCAGCAGCAAAAUACCAUGCUCGAAGAUUCAAUGCGGCGAUAGUAAUACAGACUCGCUACAGGCAAUGGCAUGCUAAAGUCUUUGUAAGGGAACUAAAAGAACAGAAAAAGUUGAGGUUGGAGUGGGAAGCCCAAGAAGAACUAAGGAAAAUAAAAGAAAAAGAAGAAUGGACACAAUUGGACUAUCACCGGAGGCAUAAUCCUAAAACAAAUGAAGAYUUUGAACUUCUUUAUAAUGCACUAAACUUCUGGCACCAAGAAGAACUUUCUCGGAUUAACCAGUGUCUCACUGGAGCUGAAAGGAAGGCUGCUUUGUGUGAACUUUUGGAAAAAGAGACSCAGAUAAUUGCUUCCAUUGGGAGACACAGAUCCAUUGCUUAUUUGGAAAGAGAGGAAUCAGAAAAACAAGCUUUUUUGAAUAAGUGUUCAGCUCCAAAGAUAUGGAGAAGAUCUGAUGGCAAAACAGUUGAGAUGGAUACCCAGUUCACCAUCAGAGCCAGAGAACUGCAGAACAUCUAUAAGUGCAUUAUACUGAGGAAUCUCUCUCAAGAUGAGAGAGUGGAUAUACUCUUAACACUUAAACAUACUGUGAAGGAACAUGAAUGUAAACUGACCCAGGAAAUCCUAGAACUGGUUGAUAGAGAAGUUGACCUUAUGAUGAGAGGAGUCAAACCUUAUAACCUAGAAGGACUCAGAAAAAGAAUUGCAACACUCUUUUUUCAAUAUAUUAAAACACCUCUGUUUAAUCCUGAAGUGGCAAGAUACUUGAAGGUCCCUCAAGACCCACUGAAAUUUUACAAGAAGAUUUACUUUUGCCGCAGUUGCCAGCUCUAUUUGCCUUCCACGGAAUUUGCCAUCUCAUCUACUUCGAAGCACAUAUACAGAUGUCGCCACUGCACCAACCUCCAGAAUGAGGCUAAGCAACGAGAAGCAUUUUUGAAGUACAAGUGCUUACUUCAGCGGCUAUACUCUUCAGAGGCUGAUUAUGAAGAUGAGUCUCAAAUUGCUUUCUUGAUGCAGCUACAGGAUAUUCAGUACUUGAUGGAAAACAUCUGGGCCUCACAGUCGGUUCUCAGCGCCUGGGACGAUAUCAAUGAUCUGGUCCUGGUCAGAUGGGAUAAAAACCUAGAGUGGUCUCCCUGGAACUGCAUUCUUCUCACCAAAGAUGAAGCAGUUGCUCAUCUUAAACUAACAAAUAUUGAAGAGGAAUAUGGACAAAUAUUUAUCCACAAGAUCAAACACAAACAUAUCCUGGCUAAGAACUACUUUUCUCAGAUUCCAGCAUUGGCUUCCUAUAUACUUGAUCAUGGAGAAUUUAAUGAGAUCAGAAAAAAAUAUUAUACUGAUACAUCACCUAAAAUUAUAAAAGUCAAUGGGCCUCAUUCUUAG